CUAAGUUCAUCCUCACUACUAACAUACCCUCAACACAUCAGUCCCUCCCUCCAUUGUUUAGAAGCUGUAAAACUUCCUUUUCAUACCAAUGGCUGCUUCAACAAUGUCCCUCUCCUCUCCUUCUCUAGCUGGCCAAGCUGUCAGGCUUACUCCCUCAUCUGAACUCCUUGGUGAGGGCAGAGUAACCAUGAGAAAAACUGCAGGCAGACCCAAGCCUGUCUCAUCUGGAAGCCCAUGGUAUGGACCAGAUCGUGUUAAGUACUUGGGCCCAUUCUCUGGUGAGCCCCCAUCCUACCUCACAGGAGAAUUCCCGGGUGAUUAUGGUUGGGAUACUGCUGGACUAUCGGCUGAUCCAGAGACGUUCUCAAAGAACCGUGAGCUUGAAGUGAUCCAUUCACGAUGGGCCAUGCUCGGAGCUCUUGGUUGUGUUUUCCCCGAACUCUUGGCCCGCAAUGGGGUCAAGUUUGGUGAAGCUGUCUGGUUUAAGGCUGGUGCCCAAAUCUUUAGUGAAGGUGGGUUGGACUACUUGGGGAAUCCAAACUUAGUCCACGCACAAAGCAUUCUAGCCAUCUGGGCCACACAGGUGAUCUUAAUGGGUGCAGUUGAGGGCUAUCGUAUUGCAGGUGGGCCACUUGGUGAGGUGACAGACCCAAUCUACCCAGGAGGGAGCUUUGACCCAUUAGGCCUUGCUGAUGACCCAGAGGCCUUUGCUGAGCUCAAGGUUAAGGAACUCAAGAAUGGGAGAUUGGCCAUGUUUUCCAUGUUUGGGUUCUUUGUCCAGGCCAUUGUGACUGGAAAGGGACCACUGGAGAACCUGGCUGACCAUUUGGCCGAUCCUGUCAACAACAAUGCUUGGGCAUAUGCCACAAACUUUGUCCCUGGAAAGUGAGGAAAGCUCUUGGAGUGAAAGUGGUAUGUGUAAGUGGUGUGAAAUUAGCUCGAUGCUGCUACUACUACUAAUGUAAACCAGUGGACACUGGACAAUGUACUUGCAAAACUUGUUUUAAAAGAGCACAAUUUAUUUUCAA